AUGGGGGAGUGCGGAGUGCCGCCCCAGGUUCAGCUCUUCCUCCGCGCCUGCGAGCAGGGUGACUGCGAGACCGCCCGGCGCCUCCUGGGGCUGCCCGGCAGUGGCACCGCCGACCCGGCGGCCCCUUCCUCUUGCGGUACCGAGGAGAUGGUGGCGGAGCCCUGCGGGGAACCGUCCGCCCCGCCCGCCCCCGCCGUGCCUGUGGACUGCACCGACGAGGCCGGCAACACUGGGCUGCAGUUCGCCGCGGCGGGGGGCCACGAGCAGCUGGUGCGGUUUCUGCUGCGGAAGGGGGCCUCGGUACAGAGCAGGAACCACUACGGAUGGAGCCCACUCAUGCAGGCGGCCAGGUUUGGACAUAUAAGCGUGGCUCACAUUUUGCUGGAGAAUGGUGCUGAUCUCAAUGCACAGAAUAAGUUAGGAGCCAGUGUCCUCACAAUGGCCUCCAGAGGUGGCCAUGUCAGUAUGGUGAAAUUGUUGCUGGAAUCUGGAGCUUUUGUAGACAACUAUGACCAUUUUAGUACAAGUGUACUCAACAGCAGCAGAGACGACCUUCCUGAUAUUACUCCGCUAAUGGCAGCUGCUCAGCAUGGACAUGAGGCAGUGGUACAUCUGUUACUAGACUGGGGAGCUGAUUGUAAUUACACUGUGAAGACUAUGGGCUGGAGUCCUUUAAUGCUGGCAGCUGUUAGUGGAAAGGUGAGCUUGGCACAGCAGCUCAUGGAGAAAGGUGCUAAUCCUGACCAUCUGAACGUACUACAUAAAACGCCUUUUGAAAUCUCUGUUGGCUUCAAACACAAAGACAUGAAGGACUACCUGGAAUCUCUCACAACAAUCAGACCCCAGGCAGAUUCAGAAAAGAGGCAACCUGAUGUCUUUCAUGCUUUGAAACUGGGAAACUUUCAGCUGGUUAAAGCUAUUGUUGAUGAAGACCUAAGUCAGGUCAAUAUCACUAAUGUUGAUGGUGCAUCUCCCUUGAUGAUUGCAGCUGUAACUGGACAGCUGCCCCUUGUUCAGCUCCUGGUUGAGAAAAAUGCUGAUAUUGACAAACAGGAUAAUGUUCAUGGCUGGACAGCACUAAUGCAGGCCACAUAUCAUGGAAAUAAAGAUGUUGUGAAGUAUUUGUUAAAUCAAGGAGCUGAUGUCAAUCUUCGUGCAAAAAAUGGAUAUACAGCUUUUGACCUGAUAAUGCUGCUGAAUGAUCCAGACACAGAGCUUGUACGGUUACUGGCAUCAGCAUGCAUGCAAGUAGACAAAGACAAGAAUAAACUGAACACCAGAUCGUCUUUGCCUUGUUCCAGAAGUAGACAAUCCUUAAAUGUCCCAGUGUUGCCAGAUGAUAAAGGAGGUCUAAAGUCCUGGUGGAGCAGGAUGUCCAAUCGAUUCCGUAAGCUGAAGCUGACUCAGACAUUGCGCCAUGGAUUUCCUUCCAGUCAGUUUGUGCCUUUUCCUGAUGAGUCUGAACCAUCACUAAAUUCCACCAUAAAAGCAGUUUCACAGAGUGAUACGGACACCUCUGGGAAUCUUGAUGCUGCUACAUCUUGGAUUACAAAUAACAAAGCUAGUGGUGUGAACACUGCAAAAGGAGGAAAGGAUGAUGAAUUAUUGACAACCAUGCUGAGAAGCAGUGCUCCAUUCACCAGGCUCCCCAGUGAUAAGCUGAAAGCAGUGAUCCCACCUUUCUUGCCGCCCUCGAGUUUUGAGCUUUGGAAUUCUGACCGACCGCGACUCAGCAAAGAAGGCAAAGCCGAACAGAUGAGAACAGCCUGGCCACAGAGGGCAAUCAAGCAUGAUUUUAACAGCAGUGGGAACUCUGAUAUAACAUCUAUUAGCAAAGGUAAUCGACCAGUCAAAUUACCAACAUUUGCAAGAAGACCUGCAUCUCCUUCAAAUUCCAACAACUUCAACCAUUCUCCCCAUUCUUCUGGUGGAUCCAAUAACAUUGCGGGGAUUAACAGACAUGGAGGAGAACUGCAUAACAGAUCAGGUGGCAGUGCGGAUAAUGUUUUGUCUCAGAUUGCAGCCCAAAGAAGAAAAGCAGCAGGCUUACCUGAGCAGAAACCCAGCCAACAGCAUAGUCCAGUUCAGGCAACUCCUUCAUCCACUCUGUCUGACUUGCAGAGUGCUCAAAUUGUUGGCAAUGGACAUGUUGUAAAGCAAAAACUGGAGAUGAACAAGAGGCCUCCAUCUGGGACUUCAUCUACAUCUAAGAGCACAUCACCAACUCUCACACCUUCCCCAUCACCCUCCCCGUCUCCUAAGGUUCACAACGCAGAGUCCUCCCUCUCUUCAUCUCACAGACAGGGCAAGAGCAAUGGCUCCAGCAGUGGUACUAUUACAGAAGAUGGAAACCACUUGGUGGACCAUCAGCAGCUUGUCCCUAUUCUGAGAACCAGUGAUGUAGACAAUCACGAAAGACAAAACCAUGUGAAAGUAAAAGGAGGCUCUGAAAACUUGGAGAAAGAUGAGCUGACUGGCAUCCUUAAAAAAUUGUCACUUGAGAAAUAUCAGCCUAUUUUUGAGGAACAAGAGGUGGACAUGGAAGCCUUUCUUACGCUUACUGAUGGUGAUCUGAAAGAGCUGGGUAUUAAAACUGAUGGAUCAAGGCAGCAAAUUCUGGCAGCUAUUUCUGAACUGAAUGCAGGAAAGGGACGAGAGAGACAGAUUUUACAAGAAACCAUACACAACUUCCACUCUUCCUUUGAGAGCAGUGUUAGUAACACACGACCUCCAGGUCAUUCCCAGUCACCUGGCUGCUCUAUAAAACCACAAGAAGCUGUUUCUCCUAAAAGGUAG